CCCGGAAGGGAGCGCUGAGGGCCGGGAGUUGUGUGUGGGAUCGGGAACCGGGAAUUGUGCCGGACCGGGAUCCCGGCGGGGGGCGGCGGCGGCGCCAUGAAGUCCCGCUUCAGCACCGUCGACAUCCGCGCGGUGCUCGCCGAGCUGCGGCAGAGCUUGCUGGGAAUGAGGGUCAACAACGUCUAUGAUGUGGAUAACAAGACGUACCUUAUUCGCCUGCAAAAGCCGGACUGCAAGGCCACGCUGCUGCUGGAGUCCGGCAUCCGCAUCCACCUGACCGAGUUCGAGUGGCCCAAGAACAUGAUGCCAUCCAGCUUUGCCAUGAAGUGCCGGAAGCACCUGAAGACCAGGAGGCUGGUGAGUGUGACCCAGCUGGGCAUCGACAGGAUCGUCGACUUCCAGUUCGGGAGCGACGAAGCCGCCUACCACCUGAUCGUGGAGCUGUACGACAGGGGGAACGUCGUCCUCACGGACCACGAGUACACCAUCCUGAACAUCCUGAGGUUCCGCACGGAUGAGGCAGAUGACGUCAGGUUCGCCGUGCGGGAGCGGUACCCCGUGGACAGCGCCAAAGCUGCUGCGCCCCUGCCCACCCUGGACAGGUUAACUGAGAUCAUAGCAAAUGCACCCAAAGGGGAACAACUGAAGAGGGUUCUUAACCCACUGCUUCCUUAUGGGGCCACUCUCAUCGAGCACUGCCUUAUAGAAGCUGGAUUUUCUGGCUCUGUCAAAAUAGACCAACACCUGGAAAGUAAAGAAAAUCUGGAGAAAGUGCUCUCAGCUCUAGAGAAAGCAGAAGAAUACAUGGCACUCACUGACAACUUCAGUGGAAAGGGAUAUAUUAUCCAGAAAAGGGAGAAAAAGCCAAGCCUGGAACCAGAUAAACCAGCAGAAGAUAUUUACACAUAUGAGGAAUUUCAUCCUUUCUUGUUUUCUCAACAUUCAAAAUGCCCCUACUUGGAAUUUGACUCAUUCAAUAAGGCGACAGAUGAGUUCUACUCCAAGCUGGAGGGACAGAAGAUUGAUCUGAAGGCCUUGCAGCAGGAAAAACAAGCACUGAAGAAACUUGAAAAUGUCCGGAGGGAUCACGAGCACAGACUGGAAGCUCUUCAGCAAGCUCAGGAAGCUGAUAAGCUGAAAGGGGAGCUCAUAGAGAUGAACUUGGCCGUGGUGGACAGAGCCAUCCAGGUGGUCCGGAGCGCCUUGGCCAACCAGAUCGACUGGACCGAGAUCGGGGCCAUCGUCAAGGAAGCUCAAGCCCAGGGAGACCCCGUGGCCAGUGCAAUCAAAGAGUUAAAGCUGCACACAAACCACAUCACCAUGCUGCUGAGGAACCCAUAUGUGUUAUCUGAAGAGGAGGAGGAGGAGGAGGAGGACGCUGACCUAGAGAAAGGAGAAACAGAAGAACCAAAGGGAAAAAAGAAAAAGAAUAAAAACAAACAGCUGAAGAAACCUCAGAAGAACAAACCUUUGCUGGUUGAUGUUGAUCUCAGUUUGUCUGCCUAUGCCAAUGCCAAAAAGUACUACGAUCACAAAAGACACGCAGCCAAGAAAACUCAGAAGACAGUGGAAGCUGCAGAAAAGGCAUUUAAAUCAGCUGAGAAGAAGACAAAGCAGACCCUGAGGGAGGUUCAGACAGUCACCACCAUCCAGAAAGCCAGGAAGGUCUACUGGUUUGAGAAGUUCCUGUGGUUCAUUAGCUCGGAGAAUUACCUGGUGAUUGCUGGGAGGGAUCAGCAGCAGAACGAGCUGAUUGUGAAGCGCUACCUUAAACCAGGGGACAUCUACGUGCACGCCGAUCUCCACGGGGCCACGAGCUGCGUCAUCAAGAACCCCUCAGGGGAGCCCAUCCCGCCCCGCACCCUGACGGAGGCUGGAACGAUGGCCCUGUGCUACAGCGCGGCCUGGGACGCCAGGGUGGUCACCAGUGCCUGGUGGGUCUCCCACAACCAGGUUUCUAAAACUGCACCCACAGGAGAAUAUCUCACUACUGGGAGCUUCAUGAUCCGAGGGAAAAAGAAUUUCCUUCCACCUUCCUAUCUGAUGAUGGGCUUCAGCUUCUUGUUUAAGGUGGAUGAAAGCUGUGUCUGGAGACACCGGGAAGAGAGGAAGAUCAAAGUCCAGGAUGAGGAUCUGGAAGUGUCCAGCAGUGCCAGUGAGCUGGUGGCUGAGGAGGUGGAGCUGUUAGAAGGAGGAGACAGCAGCAGUGAAGAGGAAAAAGCUGAGUGUGACGAAGCUCCAGAGGAUGUGGAAGCAGCUCCAGAGGAUGUGGAAGCCCCAUCUGAGAGUACCCAUGAUGAGGGCAUUGCUGACCUGGAGCAGGGAAGAGGAAACACCCCUCCUGCUCCAGAGGGGGACUCUGAGGAGGAGGAGGAGGAUGGAGAAUCUGAAGAUGAAGUGGAACCUCCAGAGCCAAAGGGCGGAGGGAAGGAGGAGGAGGUGAAUUACCCAGACACCACGAUCGACCUGUCACACCUCCAGUCUCAGAGAUCCCUGCAGAAAAGCCUCCCCAGAGAGGAAGAGCCCAGCUUGAGUGACAGCAAGGCCCAGGGGCGAAGGCACCUCUCUGCCAAGGAGAGGAGAGAAAUGAAGAAAAAGAAGCAGCAGAACAACUCUGAGAACUCGGAGCUGCCUGAGGAGAAGCAGAAGGAGGCGGAGACACAGCCUCCCACAGCUCCCAACAGCAACAAGGGGGUCCCAGCCCCUCAGCCCAUCAAGAGGGGCCAGAAGAGCAAAAUGAAGAAGAUGAAGGAGAAGUACAGGGACCAGGACGAGGAGGACCGGGAGCUCAUCAUGAAGCUGCUGGGGUCUGCAGGCUCCAACAAGGAGGACAAAGGGAAAAAAGGGAAGAAGGGGAAGACAAAAGAAGAGGCAGCAAAGAAGCAGCAGCAGAAACCCAAGGCCCUGCGUCGUGGAGCAGGAGGGGGCAAGGAGACCCUCCCAGCAGGAAUCCUGCUGCACGAGGCACAGGACCCAGCCCUGGAGGAGCAGGGGGAGAGCUCUGAGGAGCAGGACCAGGAUCAGCCAGGAGUGGAGGAUGGCGAGGCCCUGCUGGACUCCCUGACUGGGCAACCCCAUCCCGAGGACAUCCUGCUCUUUGCUGUCCCCAUCUGUGCUCCCUACACAGCCAUGACCAACUACAAGUAUAAAGUCAAGCUCACUCCGGGCACCCAAAAGAAGGGCAAAGCUGCCAAGAUCGCCUUGCACAAUUUUAUGCAGUCCAAAGAAGCCAGUGCCAGAGAGAAGGACCUGUUCCGCAGUGUGAAGGACACCGAUUUGUCAAGGAAUAUUCCUGGUAAGGUGAAGGUGUCUGCACCUCAUCUCCUGAACAGGAAGAAGAAGUGAUUCCACUCUGGGGGUUCUCACCCCCCAAACUGGUGCAGUCAGGACCAGCCCCUGGAGCUGGGACAGACGGACACGGACCCACAGCUGGUGUUACUGAAUCGUUCCCACGGGGCAGGGCAGCGAGGGCCAGCUCCUGCAGCGUGGGUUAGAUGGACUCUGAUGCCAACAGCAGACAAACAUGGAAGUAAAUUGCUGGCAUUUGGUCAGGAAUGUCCUCCCAA